AUGGAUGCUUUUUCCCGCUCAUCGUCUCGCCCACGGCCCUCAUCGCGACCCACGACCCCCCUAAGACCCAGUUCCCGGUCGUCGAUCCGUGAAGCUCAUGGUUAUGGCAACAGUAUUGGUAUGGCAGGCUACACCCAGCCUGCCAUCAAUGCCUUAGAGCCCCAGUUUGCAGAGCUUGCAGACUCCAUGGCCGACCUCGAGGCCAACUUCAUGCACCUUCAGCUGAUGCACGAAAGUUUGACCCGGUUCAGUGAAAGCUUUGCCAGUUUUCUCUAUGGUUUGAACAUGAAUGCGUUCUGUGUGGACUUUCCGGAGGACUACGGAUACUUCCUUCAUCGAACAUCCUCCAAGCACCGUCUCCUCCAAGCCUUCGGCAAAAAUCCCAGCCCCGUCGCGUGGCACCACCAGAGGAUCUACGCGUGGUUCGACAAGCAGUCGCUAUGCGACACGGGGCACCAAUCGUGGCGCCCGUCCAAGCGCAUUGCCCCGCGGACGAGGAUUACGGUGAAGGCAGGAACCCGGAUGGUAGAAAUUUUGAACAGGGCGCAGACGGUUGAGCCUGAAGAGGCACAAAGACUUGCGCGAAGGGAACGGUUUGCUAUUGGCAAUCCGUGGAGAAUCCCUGCAAUUCGCAACGCGCUCCCAAACCUUGAAAGGAACCCCGUUCCUGAAAGAACAUACGGCGAUGAUUGUCGUAACACAAAGCCUGCCGAGCGGCCUGUCCGAUCUCAGCGGCUCGGAUCUUUCUUGAGGAAAUUCUAG